AUGAUCCAAAAGACGAACGCACGCACAGGCAACACAUCUACUGCUCCAAUGCGCCCGCCAGCGGGAGAAAACUCAAAUCCGGAACCAUGGGGCUCGUGGGCGCAACGCAAGCACUAUUCUUUGGAGGUCGUUCAGAAUCCUCUUCGUGCACGUAUGUGUGGCUUUGGGGACAAGGAUCGUCGACCUCUAGCUCCGGCAGCAGUAGCGAAGAUGAUAGUUCGAAGAGAGGAUAACGGUAUAAUAGACGUGGAUGACGUGGAUUGUUCUUUCUUCUUGGUCACCGUCGACCUCUGGUCAGCGGACAGCAAGCAUGAGAUGAAUCUGGUCUUACAUCCCACUUCCGCGGAUAGAUACGUUCCUGCAAACACAACGAAACCGUCCAAGCGGCGCGGCACAAAUUCUUCGACUCAGCGGGCGAGGAAGCAGAGUUCUCCUGCGCCCUCUGCAACUACCCCCACUACUUCCGAAUACCCUCAGUCCAGUACAAUGGCGCCCUAUAUUCAAUCUACAGCGCCAGGCUACUCGGGUCAAGUAUAUCCUGCGUACCCUCCACCGCCGUCGGAAAACUCUUUCCAACCUGUUAGUCCCUACGGACCUCCACCACCUGAUGCAAACCCCCAGCCUUGGGGUUAUCCUCCUUCGACCUCUCCGGUUGACCGUCCUGCGCAUUACCCUCCUCCAAUUCGUACCUCGGGCCAGCUCGUGAGUCGUAACCCUCCUUCCAGUGCUGGCUCGGCCAUGGGUGCAGAGUAUGGUAAUGCACCUGUAUCGGCUGUCUCUGCUGGGCAUACUUGGCAAGUCGAGAACGCCGGGUCGGCUACGGACGAUACAGAAGGAACGCCCUAUCGCACAUGGCCGCAAGAUGCAUCAUAUUCUUCCAGUAGUCACAACGGCGUGGCUCAUGCGUCCGGACCCAUUGACCCGCCUGUGAGGGCAUCCCACCCCUCCCCGUCCAGCCCGGCGAUGCGCAGGAACUCUUACACUUCUCUUGCUCCUGCUCCGACUGCGGACACGUACUCACAAGGCCAGUAUUCACAGGAGCCGUACUCUCCGAUGUCACAGCAGGGCCCACCUCAGCAAUUGGACAAUGUCGUGUACGCUUCUACGUCUUAUUCCCAACAGCCACCACCACAGCAGCAGCAGCACCGGCAGCAACAACCACCACCUUCGGCUCCACAAUAUCAACAAGGGACAUACGCUCAGGACGGUACUCCGCCAUCGAGCAUGCCACCAUUGCCCCGACAUACCUAUACACGGACCCUCGUGGGGCCCUUAUCGGCGAACGCUUGCCGCCUAUUGGACGAGCACCGCAAGCCCGGAAUCUUCUUUCUUUUCCAGGAUCUUUCCAUUCGAACCGAAGGCACCUUCCGUCUGAGGCUGCGUCUUAUGAACGUUGGCGCGCCGCCGGCCCCAGACGUUGGUGCAUUCCGUGUUCAUAACGAUGUUUCGCCUGUGCUUGCUCAGACUUUUACUGAGCCUUUCAUUGUUUACUCCGCUAAACGCUUCCCCGGCGUCCCAGACACCACCCCACUCUCCAUCGCCUUGGGUAACCAAGGCCAGAAGCUCCCGCUGCGGAACCGGAACGGUUCCAUGAAGCAAGGUCGGAAGAGGCAGCGUAGUGGCUCGGAUGGCUCGGGAGACGAAUCCGACGAGACAUGA